AUGACGACGAUGUUGGAUCUUCCCGAUGACUUGCUAGAUGAGAUUUUCUCUAGGGUUCCCUUGGACUCUACAACAGCAGUACGAUCAACAUGCAAAGCUUGGAGUGAGUCUAGGAUGAUCGUGAUGAUGGAUCAUAAUGUUUAUCUAACGAGCGUAGUUGUCAACGAAAACGCAUCAACAAAGCGUCUAGGUAAACUCACUUGCCUAACCCACGAACAAGUCAAGAUAUCUGAAGUCUUUCACUGUGAUGGUUUGUUACUAUUCAUCUUGAAAGACGACAAGAGACUUGUGGUUUGGAACCCUUGUUUGGGGGAAACAAGGUGGAUCGAAAAAGGACGACAUGCUAACGUACGUGCCAAGUACAAGUACGCUUUCGGGUACAAGGUGCGUAAGAAGAAGGGGGAAUCUUUUCGUCGUUACAAAAUCUUGAGGUUUACGCUUCUUACAGUCUUGGACUCUCCAUCGUAUGAAACCUACGAUUUUGGUUCUAGUUCAUGGACGCACCAAGGUUAUAAUGCGUUCAAGGGUAUAAAUGAGUUUUGUGACCGUGGCGUUUCUCUCAAGGGAAACCCUUACUGGUGCGCUAUAGACUCAUGGGGACAGAUCAGUCGCACGGUCUGUUUUGAUUUCGCAAGUGUGGGAUUUGGAGGGCAUCAAGAUUUACCAUUCCGGGUUCCUUAUCAGUUUCAACAUCUUGUGAGACUGUCUUGUGUGAGAGAUGAGAAGCUUACGGUUCUAGUUCAAUCCAGGGAAACAUUUGUGAUAGAUAUAUGGAUCACGGAUAAGAUUGAUGAACAAAAAGUGUCGUGGAGCAAGUUCGGGACCACUUACUGGCUUGAUCAGGACAGAUGGAGGUUUCUUUGUUGA